UAAAGAUUAAGUAUAGGUCAUCGUUCGAAUACUUCUAAAUGUUUUUUUGAACAUUUCAUUGAAUUUUAAGUAAAACAAAAAAAAUAUACUAUGUCUCAAAACUUGAAUCAUCCCGGGCCAUUUAUAGGUGCAAUCGACGAAGGAACAAGUAGCGCUAGGUUUCUAGUAUUUGAUGUAUUGCAUAAAAAAGUAGUAGCCUCACACCAGAUUGAAAUUAAGCAGAAGUACCCACAAGAAGGAUGGGUAGAACAAGAUCCAAAAGAGAUUAUCCAAGCUGUCAGAGAAUGUAUCAAGAAAACAGUAGAAAAAUUAAAGGAUAUUGGUUUAAAUGUAUCAGACAUUAAAGCAAUUGGGAUUACCAAUCAACGAGAAACCACUUUGGUGUGGGAUAAAAAUACAGGAGAACCAUUGCACAAUGCAAUUGUAUGGCUGGAUAUGAGAACAACUACAACUUUAGAGGAUAUAUUGGACAGUGUACCUAACAAAUCAAGAAAUAAAAAUUAUUUAAAACCACUUUGUGGGCUUCCAAUGUCACCAUAUUUUAGUGCUCUUAAAAUACGUUGGCUUAUUGACAAUAUACCUCGAGUUAAACAUGCAGUAGAUGAAGAAAGAUGUGCUUUUGGAACAGUUGACACCUGGCUUAUUUGGAAUCUCACAAAAGGCCAACUACAUAUAACAGAUGUUUCAAAUGCUUCUCGUACUAUGUUAAUGAAUAUAGAAACAUUAAAAUGGGACCCUUUAUUAUGCCGAUUUUUUGGAAUUCCGCAACAUAUUCUUCCUGAAAUACGAUCUAGUGCUGAAGUAUAUGGGACAGUUUUAAAUCCUGAAGUGCUUGCUGGUGUACCUAUAGCAGGGUGUGUAGGUGAUCAACAAGGAGCUCUUCUUGGUCAAUUAUGUUUAAAGCCUGGACAAGCAAAAGCUACUUAUGGAACAGGUUGUUUCUUACUGUAUAACACUGGAAGUGUUAAAGUAGAUUCAACCCAGGGUCUUAUAACAACUAUUGCAUAUAAAAUAGGUAAAUCCCCAGCAGUUUAUGCAUUAGAAGGAUCAGUAGCUGUAGCUGGAGCAGCUUUAUCAUGGUUACGUGAUAAUAUGCAACUAUUCAGUAACUUUGCACAGUGUCAGGACAUGGCAGAACAUGUAGAAUGUUCUGGAGACGUAUAUUUUGUACCCGCAUUCUCUGGUUUAUAUGCACCAUAUUGGGAACAAGAUGCACGGGGGGUGAUCUGUGGUAUCUCUGAAGAUACACAACAACACCAUAUCGUUCGAGCAAGUUUAGAAGCCGUUUGCUUUCAAACAAGAGAUAUUUUAGAAGCAAUGGUAAAAGAUUCAGGAACAAAAUUGACAACGUUACAGGUUGACGGUGGAAUGACGGUAAAUAAUUUACUUAUGCAAUUACAAGCUGAUUUAACUGGAAUAUGCGUCGAAAGGCCUAAUAUGGUAGAAACAACAUCAUUAGGAGCUGCUAUAUUAGCCGGUGUUGGAGUAGGCAUCAUUGAUAUUAACGAUGUAGACGCAUCGCAAAUUACAACGUUUUCGCCCACUAUUAAAGAAUAUGAAAGAGACUUGAGAUAUUCAAAAUGGAAAAUGGCCGUGGAAAGAUCUAUGAAAUGGGAUUGUUCUUCUAGUUUUAGUAAAUAAUUAAAUAAAUUAAAACAAAACGUAAGUAUGAGUGAUAAAUGCGAUAAAUGUACCAUUUAAAUGCAAUAAUCUAGACAUUAGUGGGCAGCUCAAUAUUCUAUACGUAGCAUGUAAUAUAGUUUUCCAUAUAUUUAAUGUAGGAUAAAAAUAAUACAUAUUUUUUUGUCAAGCGUUAA